AUGGUGCUUCCUCCUAAGUUCAAAGCACCAAACCUACCAAAAUACAAGGGUUUAAGCUGUCCUAGAAGUCAUGUCAUCAUGUAUUAUAGGAAGAUGGAAUCCUACAUUGAUAAUGAUAAUCUACUUAUCCAUUGCUUCCAAGAUAGCUUAUCUAGGGCAUCCUUAUAUUGGUAUAUGGUCGUGAAACACAGUAAAAUUAUAUCUUGGAAGGACUUGUCUAAAGCCUUUCUCAAUCAAUACAAAUAUAACCUGGACAUAGCUCCCACCAGGUUACAACUGCAAAAUCAAGCCUACAAACGCAAUGAAACAUUCAAAGAAUAUGCUCAGAGGUGGCGUGAGAUGGCUUCUAGAGUUAAACCUGCACUGACAGAUGCUGAAUUGGUUGAUAUCUUCAUGGGUACACUCCAAGGUUUGUACUGCAAGAAGAUGGUUGGUAGCUCGUCUUCCAACUUCGCCAAUAUGGUAACCAUUGGAGAACGCAUCAAGAAUGGGUUGAAAACAGGAAAGAUUUCUAAUGUUGAUAGCCAAACAAUGGCCACGAAAUCCCAGGGUUUUGAUAAGAAGAAAGAGGUCGAGGCAAACGCUAUGAUAGCAAAUGUUUACCCUCAAGUUCAAGCACUCAUGGCUCAUAUGCCAUACUACCCUUAUCCGUACAUUGUUGAUGCUCAAUAUCAGCAACCUGCAUACCAGCCGCAGUAUCAGCAGCCUCCACAGGCUUCGGUCUCUUAG